UGGGUCCCUGCCAUUGGCUGACUUCAUUCCAUUUUAUUGGGAGGCGUAUUUUUCAAGUGGCAGAGCAGUGAUAACUGGCAGUGACUCUUGGGCGUGAGGCACCUGCAGUUCAGGGGACCCCCCCCAACUCAUGACAAUGACAGCAGAUGAGUUGGUUUUCUUUGUGAAUGGCAAAAAGGUGGUGGAGAAAAAUGCAGAUCCAGAAACAACCCUUUUGGCCUACCUGAGAAGAAAGUUGGGGCUGCGAGGGACCAAGCUGGGCUGUGGAGAAGGGGGCUGCGGAGCAUGCACGGUGAUGUUUUCCAAGUAUGAUCGUCUCCAGGACAAGAUCGUCCACUUUUCUGCCAAUGCCUGCCUAGCCCCCAUCUGCUCCUUGCACCAUGUUGCUGUGACGACUGUGGAAGGCAUAGGAAGUACCAAGACGAGGCUGCAUCCGGUGCAGGAGAGAAUUGCCAAAAGCCAUGGCUCGCAGUGUGGCUUCUGCACCCCUGGCAUUGUCAUGAGCAUGUACACGCUGCUUCGGAACCAGCCCGAGCCCACCGUUGAGGAGAUUGAGGAUGCCUUCCAAGGAAAUCUGUGCCGUUGUACAGGCUACAGACCCAUCCUCCAGGGCUUCCGGACCUUUGCCAAGGAUGGCGGAUGCUGUGGAGGAAGUGGGGACACCCCAAACUGUUGCCUAAACCAGAAGAAAGACCACAAGGUCACCCUCUCACCAUCUUUAUUCAACGCAGAGGAGUUCAUGCCCCUGGAUCCCACCCAGGAACCCAUCUUCCCCCCAGAGCUGCUGAGGCUGAAAGACACUCCGCAGAAGCAGCUGCGUUUUGAAGGGGAGCGUGUGACCUGGAUCCAGGCCUCAACCCUGAAGGAGCUGUUGGACCUCAAAGCGCAGCACCCGGAGGCCAAGCUGGUGGUGGGGAACACGGAGCUCGGCGUUGAGAUGAAGUUUAAGAAUCGGCUGUUUCCUGUGAUCAUCUGCCCAGCCUGGAUCCCUGAGCUGAAUUCUGUGGAGCAGGGACUGGAAGGUAUCUCCUUUGGAGCCGCUUGCACCCUGAGUGCUGUGGAAAAGACCCUGCUCGAUGCAGUUGCUAAGCUGCCUUCCCACAAAACGGAGGUGUUCAGAGGUGUCUUGGAGCAGCUGCGCUGGUUUGCUGGGAAGCAAGUCAAGGCGGUGGCGUCCAUCGGAGGGAACAUCAUCACCGCCAGCCCCAUCUCCGACCUCAACCCUGUGUUCAUGGCCAGUAGGGCCAAGCUGACCAUCGUGUCCAGAGGCACCAGGAGAACAGUUCCAAUGGACCACACCUUCUUCCCCAGCUACAGAAAGACCCUGCUAGGUCCGGAGGAGAUACUGCUUUCCAUCGAGAUCCCCUACAGCAGGGAGGGUGAGUUUUUCUCAGCCUUCAAGCAGGCCUCCCGGAGAGAAGAUGACAUAGCGAAGGUGACCUGUGGCAUGAGAGUCCUGUUUGAGCCAGGGACCACACAGGUAAAGGAGCUGGACCUCUGCUACGGCGGGAUGGCGGACAGAACCAUCUCAGCCCUCAAGACCACGCGGAAGCAGCUGUCGCAGUUCUGGAAUGAGAAGCUGCUGCAGGACGUGUGUGCAGGCCUGGCGGAGGAGCUGUCCUUGCCCCCAGAUGCCCCGGGGGGCAUGGUGGAGUUCCGGCGCACCCUUUCCCUCAGCUUCUUCUUCAAGUUCUACCUGACUGUGCUUCAGAAGCUGGGCAGAGAGGACCCAGAGGAUAAGUGUGGUAAAUUGGAUCCCACCUACGCCAGCGCCACCUGGCUCUUUCACAAAGACCCUCCGGCCAAUGUCCAGCUUUUCCAAGAGGUGCCCAAGGGUCAGUCUGAGGAGGACAUGGUGGGCCGGCCCCUGCCCCACCUGGCCGCGGCCCUGCAGGCCUCUGGGGAGGCUGUGUACUGUGACGACAUCCCUUGCUACGAGAAUGAGCUGUUCCUCCGGCUGGUCACCAGCACCCGGGCCCACGCCAAGAUCAAGUCCAUUGAUAUUUCAGAAGCUCAGAAGGUUCCAGGGUUUGUUUGCUUUCUCUCUGCUGAUGAUAUUCCUGGGAGUAAUGAAAUUGGAAUUUUUAAGGAUGAAACAGUCUUUGUAAAGGAUAAGGUGACCUGUGUUGGACACGCCAUUGGUGCUGUGGUUGCCGACACCCCAGAACACGCACAGAGAGCUGCUCAUGGGGUGAAAGUCACCUAUGAAGAUCUUCCAGCCAUCAUCACAAUUGAGGAUGCUAUAAAAUACAAUUCCUUUUAUGAGUCUGAGCUGAAGAUUGAGAAAGGAGACCUCAAGAAGGGGUUUUCGGAAGCAGAUAAUGUUGUUUCAGGCGAGUUGUACAUUGGCGGCCAAGAGCACUUCUACCUGGAGACUCACUGCACCAUUGCUGUCCCGAAAGGCGAGGCGGGGGAGAUGGAGCUCUUCCUAGCUACGCAGAACGCCAUGAUGGCCCAGUCUUCUGUUGCCAGCACAUUGGGGGUUCCAAUAAACCGGAUUUUGGUCCGAGUGAAGAGAAUAGGAGGAGGCUUUGGAGGGAAGGAGACACGGGGCAUUGGGCUGACCGUGGCAGUGGCCCUGGCUGCAUACAAGACGGGCCGCCCCGUGCGCUGCAUGCUGGAUCGUGAUGAGGACAUGCUGAUGACUGGUGGCAGACACCCCUUCUUAGCCAGAUACAAGGUUGGCUUCAUGAAGACUGGGAAGAUUGUGGCUCUGGAGGUGGAUCACUACAGCAAUGCUGGGAACAGCCUGGACCUCUCUCAUGGUAUUAUGGAACGAGCUCUGUUCCACAUGGACAACAGCUAUAAAAUCCCCAACAUCCGGGGUACUGGGCGGCUGUGCAAGACCAACCUGCCCUCCAACACAGCCUUCCGGGGCUUUGGGGGGCCCCAGGGGAUGUUUAUUGCUGAGUACUGGAUGAGUGAGGUCGCAGUGACCUGUGGGCUGCCUGCAGAGGAAGUGCGGAGGAAGAACCUGUACAAAGAAGGGGACCUGACACACUUCAACCAGAAGCUUGAGGGGUUCACCUUGCCCAGGUGCUGGGAUGAAUGCCUGGAGAGCUCUCAGUAUCACGCUCGGAAGAGCGAGGUUGACAAGUUCAACAGGGAGAAUUGUUGGAAAAAGAGAGGAUUGUGCAUAAUUCCUACCAAAUUUGGAGUAAGCUUCACAAUUCCUUUUCUGAAUCAGGCAGGCGCCCUGAUCCACGUGUACACAGAUGGCUCAGUGCUGGUGAGCCACGGGGGCACUGAGAUGGGCCAAGGCCUCCACACCAAGAUGGUCCAGGUGGCCGGCAGAGCCCUGAAGAUCCCCACCUCCAAGAUCUACAUCAGCGAGACGAGCACCAACACGGUCCCCAACUCCUCCCCCACGGCCGCCUCUGUCAGCAGCGACAUCUAUGGACAGGCCGUCUAUGAAGCUUGUCAGACCAUCCUGAAAAGGCUGGACCCCUUCAAGAGGAAGAAUCCCAGCGGCUCCUGGGAAGACUGGGUCACGGCUGCCUACCAUGAUAGAGUGAGCUUGUCUGCUACUGGGUUUUAUAAGACACCUAACCUGGGCUACAGCUUUGAGACCAACUCAGGGAAUGCCUUCCACUACUUCACCUAUGGGGUGGCUUGCUCUGAAGUGGAGAUUGACUGCUUAACAGGAGAUCAUAAGAACCUCCGCACAGACAUUGUCAUGGAUGUUGGCUCCAGUCUGAAUCCCGCCAUCGAUAUUGGACAGGUGGAAGGGGCGUUUGUCCAGGGCCUUGGCCUCUUCACUCUGGAGGAGCUGCACUACUCCCCAGACGGGAUCCUGCACACCCGCGGCCCCAGCACCUACAAGAUCCCUGCCUUCGGCAGCAUCCCCACCGAGUUCAGAGUGUCCCUGCUCCGUGACUGCCCCAACAAGAAGGCCAUCUAUGCCUCCAAGGCUGUGGGGGAGCCACCCCUCUUUCUGGGGGCGUCCAUCUUCUUUGCCAUCAAGGACGCCAUCCGCGCAGCCCGAGUGCAGCACACAGACAAUAACACCAAGGAGCUCUUCCGGCUGGACAGCCCUGCCACCCCAGAGAAGAUCCGCAAUGCCUGCGUAGACAAGUUCACCUCCCUGUGUGUCACUGAAGUACCAGAACACUGUAAACCCUGGUCUCUGAGGGUCUGAAGAAGAAGCCCCCGUUGGAGUCUCCUUAUGCUCCGCUGGGGAUUCCAUGGACGAUGGCACUUGUCCUGCAGAACGUGAAUGUGUGAGAGGUGCAGGUGGAUGUGGUGUGACUCAUCAGGAUAGUGCUUUGGAAGAACAUUGACUGCACCCAAAGAUUUUGAUCGAAAAUAUGAUUUAUAGACAUUAUAAGAACUGUUAGGCUCAAGUAGCUAAUCAGCAAUUAGCAUCAUUUCAUGUCUGUUUUAAUCACAUGUCUGCAAUAGGUUUAGGGUGUGUGCGUUCUGUGUCUCAACUCACCAGACUUCAUUACCUCAAGGGCUGAUGGUGUCUGUCCUUCAAGGAGGAGCCAGCUCCAGAAAACUCCAGAAGCUUAAACCAAAGUUACUCUAAAUCUGGACUUUCUUUCAAACCAGUGAACAUCAUGUUAUAACCUCAGAUCCCCCCCUCAGACUUGCAAUGGGACAGUGGGGGUGAGAUUCAAACCACUAACCACGUCACUGGAGAGAAUAAAGAAUGAAACAAAUUGGAUGUAGUCUUUUUAAGCCGUGUAAAGUAAGAUUGUUCUAUAGCACCUAAAGCCAACAAACCCAUCAUUGACUGCC